GUUCCAAUUUGCAUUGCAUCUGUCAUAAUCAUCAUCGUCGUCCAUAUCACUUCUUUACCUUCCCAAAGGGAUUCGCUGCAACCACCGUGAGUUGCAGAGAAGACAAUCCUUUUCAUAAAAAGGGCUUUCAGUUUCACCACUCAAACCCUAUUCCCCUGAGCUUCUACACUCUUUUUUUGGCGGAUCCUCUGGCUCCAAGAUCUUGGCAUUUGGGAUUAAUCAGCUGAAGUUGGAAAUGUUUAAAAGUGAUGGAGUGUUUUGAUUUGCAAUUGGAAGAGAUAUCAUGUUGCAGUGCAUAGAGGGAUUUAAGCAUCUAUUUGCUCCCCUAUUGCAAUGUUGUGACAUUGAUUUAUAUAAGCCGUCAAGAGGCCUUGAAGAUCCUGAACUUCUUGCAAGGGAGACAGUGUUCAGUGUAAGUGAAAUUGAAGCACUUUAUGAGCUCUUUAAAAAGAUCAGCAGUGCUGUGAUUGAUGAUGGACUGAUUAACAAGGAAGAGUUUCAAUUGGCAUUAUUCAAGACGAAUAAAAAGGAAAGUUUGUUCGCCGAUCGGGUAUUUGAUUUGUUUGACACAAAGCACAAUGGGAUACUAGGUUUUGAAGAGUUUGCUCGUGCUCUCUCCGUUUUCCAUCCGAAUGCCCCAAUUGAUGAUAAGAUUGAAUUUUCCUUUCAAUUGUAUGAUCUCAAGCAGCAGGGUUUUAUUGAAAGGCAAGAGGUGAAGCAAAUGGUAGUUGCUACACUUGCUGAAUCUGGCAUGAACCUAUCAGAUGAUGUUAUAGAGAGUAUAAUUGACAAGACAUUUGAGGAAGCAGAUACAAAGCAUGAUGGCAAGAUUGACAAGGAGGAGUGGAGAACCCUUGUUCUGCGCCAUCCGUCACUUUUGAAGAACAUGACCCUUCAAUAUCUCAAGGACAUAACCACAACAUUCCCAAGCUUUGUAUUCCAUUCACAAGUAGACGACACUUGAAGCUCUAAGUAUUUAUUUGAUGAUUCUGCCUAUGGUUUCAUUGCCUGGGAACUACAGAGCCUCUUAUGUAAAAAAAAAAGGGCAUAGCAGAGAGAUUUGUUUACCUUGCAUUGGUUAUUUCUUUGAAGAAGAUAUUUGGUUUUGUGGUUAAACUUUCUCAAGAUACAUUUGAUUUAUUGUUUGAAACUUGCAAAAACCUUUGUUGUUAAUAUUCCUCCAAUCAAGGAUUUCAAUGAUGCUCUAGUAUAUGGGCA